AUGGCGACCACUGAAGAAGAGAAUGAAGGUCCUCCUCUGGGUUUUACUUUGCCUCAUGUGCCCUUGCAAACUGAGGCACCUCCUAGAAGACCAGCUGUCACGGCACCGUUCAUUACUCAUAUGAUUGGAAGCACCAAGAAAAGUUUCGUGGAUAUAGUUAUGGCAGGUGAGAUGAUUGAGAAUGCUGUGAGGGGUGGUAAAAUCGAAGGGGAAGUGGCUAAAAGAUCGGCCCUAAGGAGAAAAGACAAUAAGGUGAACAACAUGAACAGUUUCAACUCUAGGGCAAUCACAGUUGGACAACCUAAAGCAGCUACGGGUGAGCAACAAAGUACUCAAAGACAGGAAUCGGGUACAAGACAGAAUUCGAAGAUGAUGCAAGUCACUCCUAUCCCUGUGACAUAUCGUGAGUUUUAUCAAAGCUUAUACGAUGCACAUGCCAUUGCUCCGUUUCACUUAAAAUCACUGCAGCCACCGUACCCCAAAUGGUAUGAUGCAAAUGCUAAAUGCGAAUAUCACGAGGGAAUAUCGGGGCAUUCAAUUGAAAAUUACACUGGGUUCAAGAAGGUCAUGGAAAGGCUCAUCAAAAUGGGGGUUGUGAAAUUUGAUAGUACCCCUAAUACUAAAAAUUCGUUACCGGAUCAUGGCAAUCAAGGAGUGAAUGCCAUUGAUGAAACAAAGAAAGGAAAAGUCAAGGAAGAUAUUGCUGAGGUGAAGACACCUAUGAAAGUAAUAUGGGAGGAGAUGGUGAAGAGAGGUAUGCUGACCUCUAGAAAAGGAAGAGAAAGAAUAGAGAACCAUUGUGAAUUCCAUGGAGAGGCGGGUCAUAUGAUCCAAAAUCGUGAAGAAUUCAAGGCCAUGGUACAAGGCCAUAUGGUUAACAAAGAACUACAGGUUUCUGAGGGUAGUUCUUGUGAAGGACAAAUAUGUGUGCUGGGGAAUGAACGACAAAGAACCAGCCAACCAAGAAUUAUUAUUUUCUUUCCAGGGAAUAAUGAGGUGGGGUUGCAAACUGGGCCCAAAAUAGUCAUUCAUAAACCCAAUCCUUUCCCUUACAAGGAUGACAGGAGGGUGCCAUGGAGCUAUGACUGCAAUAUAACAAUACCUGAGGUGAAGAGUAUAGCUAGCGUGGCCAGGGGCACACAAAAUGAAGGUUCCCAUACACGAAGUGGGAAACGUUAUGACGGGGGGAAUAUCAGAGUGGAGCCUGGAAAGACGAAAAAUGCCGAGGCUGAAAAGGAAAAGGUGACUAAAGUACCCAUCAAUGAGCCGGUAAAGGAGGAAGAAGCUAAAGAUUUUUUAAAAUUCCUGAAACAUAGCGAGUAUGGUGUGGUAGAGCAGUUGCGCAAGCAGCCGGCAUGUAUAUCAGUAUUAGCCCUACUCUUGAGUUCUGAGGUGCAUCGAGAUGCAUCCAUAGAUAUCAAUGAUAUGAAUGCUGAUACUGCAGCUCCUAAUUUCUCUGGCGAGCAAAACAUGUGUUUAGAGGAACCUCAGGAUUUUGAAGAUGUUAAGAUUGUGACAUUUCUCUCGAUCUGUUAA